UGGAAGUUUUCCUUUAGGUAGAAAACUUCUAUUUUGCUCUAAGAGGUCGGUCCGAUCUAGGGGUCGGACCUAAGGCAGGGGUCGGUCCCUGGUUUCUUCUUGAGCAAGGGUCUGGAAGUCGAGGACCUAUCCGGAAGCUGGAGAAAACUUGUGUCUAGAUAUUUUUCCGCAACACUGCUCGUCGGCCGGCAUCCAGACUGCGAAAUUCUGCUGACGCACCCUAGAAUUAGCAGAUACCACUUGCAAAUCCGCUCCCUUCCCUCUCGCCGGAAACUCUUCGUCACCGAUCUAUCCUCUGUGCAUGGGACUUGGGUUGCGGAUCUGAAAGUUGAGCCAUAUGCUUGUGUUGAGGUGAAGGAAAAUGAUGUCAUUAGGAUCGGUGGUUCCACAAGGAUCUACAGGCUGCACUGGAUUCCCUUGAGCCGUGCCUAUGAUAUAGAUAAUCCAUUUGUUUCACAUCUCGAUGCACCUACACUGACUGAGCAAGAAGAAGAGAAUAGAAUGCUUGAAGCGGAUUAUCUAGAUCAGUCACAAGCGGAUACUGCGUCAGGUAAAGAUGGAGAUGGACCUUUGGAUGUGACGUCUAAAGAAAGUGGAUCAUCAGUCCCUAGUGAGGAUGAUGAUACAUAUAUCACGACAACAAGGAAAAUUACCUUGCCACUUGCAUCUCCAAGUGUUUUAACCUUGCAUAGAGAUUCUCUCAAUACACAAAAGUUGCAAUCCAAUGAGACUUCAUCAAAAUGGGACUUGGAUGUUGUAGAAGCCGCAUCAGAAAAGCAGCAGAGUGGUAGCUACCUAGAGGUCUUAGGUUGUUCUGAACUUGAAGUUUCUGAUGAAUGGGAUGUCAGAGGAGAUGAAGUUCUGCUUCUGAAUGUGAUAGAGUCAUCAGCCCCUAUCGAGGAGGAGGAUACUAAUCUAGCUGCGAAGGAGACUUCAUUGCUUCCACUCCCAAGAGAUUCCAUUGAGACAGAAAAUCUACAUCUCACGGAUGAGCAAACUUCCCAAGAGAUGACCGUAAAUAUUAUAGCAGCCAACACAGAAAAUACAAGUAGCGGCUCUCUAGGUUUGGAACCGACUGAUGGUUGCUUUGAAGCUAAUGCAUUUGAGCUGACAGAAACUGAGUUUGUCAGCGAGGAAGUAAUGGAAGCGUCUCCUAAACUACCAACUAAGGCCAAAAUACAGAGUCAAGUAUACAGUGGGUACAUUGAGGUCUCAGAGAAAGUUUUUGCAGUGUCUCCCAGUUCCUCUCCUCAACAUGGGAUGAACAGAGAAAGCGAAAGAAUAUUUGAUGAUGGGAGCAGCUCUUGCCAUUCAGAUGAUCUUGAACAGAGUGGUACACAAAGUUUCUUGCCUUUAGCAAACCUGAAGCCCAAAACGCAAAUGUCCUUUUGCUCUGAAGCUUCCUACAACCUAAGCGAUGUAUGGGGAGAAGGAAAUACUGAUAAGGAGGUUCUAUUUCCUUCAACCUUGGCUGCACAAACAUUUGAGGAUAUUGAAGAACUGCCUUACACUGAGAGUCAAGAAAUCCAGAUGGACCAAGCAGAUGCUGUUAGAGAUAAUGCAUUGUCUCAGAUGGAUAGCUCUAGGAGGGGAAAAACUGAUUCUGUUCCGUUACUUGAAGCCUCGGGCUGUCAUGCACUUGAAUUAGCUGCAGAGGAUGAAAUUUUGAGCCUUCAUGAAGAAGUCAGUGGAGAUAUUGGUUUUUUCAUAGAGAAAGCAGUGGAAGCAUCUGCCGCCGAACCACUAACUAAAGUUGAGAUUCAGGAAGUUGAAGAGAAUGGAAAAACCGAGGUCUUGAGGCAAUUUAUUGCAGUGUCUUCGGAUUCCUUUCCUCAAACGGAACCAACUUUAACUAGAGAUGCCCAAGGCCGCUUAGGUUCUGAAGUGAGCAUGGAUACCGCUAGUGAGACCCUACAUCAAAAUAGCAAUGGAGAAACCAAGAUCAGUCCAAGCCAAGCCAGUGCAGUAUCUGAUCGUUUGUUCGCUGGCACUGAACUUACUUUAAGAAUCAAUACAGAAAAUUUUCAAAGUCUAUGCUCGAAUUGGCAGGCAAAUCCCAAGAGUGAAGUCGAGGCUCCAUCUGAGUUAUUGAGUGAAGUGAAUCUUGCAGGAGAUCAGAACAAAACAUCAGCUAUAGACAGAGAGACUGAACAAAUAUUUGAUGAUGGGAGAAGCUUGUGCCAUUCAGGACCUUCUGACUAUAUCGGAGGUCAAGAAAACCAGACCCCGCGAAGACUGGCUGUUAGAGAUGAUGUACUGUCUGAGAUGGAUAGCUCAAAAAGCUCCUCGAGAAGAUUGAGCACAAGCAACAUUUGGUCUAGGAAGGGAAAAGAUGCUUCUGUGCUUCAGGUACGGACCAACAAGAUUAAAGGAAAGCAAAAACAAAUGGGAAAACAAGCAAAGGCACAGCUGCAGAGAAAACAGGCUCUAAGUGCCAAGUCCGUUUGUCUGACUGCUGAUCAUGGUGCAAAUCAACUGGAACCAGAAAUCUUUACUCCUAACAAGGAGAAUCUGACUCCAAGCUCCCAUUUGUUGAAAAGGUUACAAGAUAUUGGUGAAAUAAAAGAUAACAAGAGCCCUUCAAAGCUUCUGGGCAAACCAAGAUCGUUAAAGGUUUCUUCCAGUAUUGUUAUCGCGGCGUUAACGGAACCAGAAAUAUUUACCCCAGAGAAGGAGAAUCUUACCCCAAACUCUCAUAUGCUAAGACGCUUGCGAGAAGUGGGUGAGAUUAAGGAUACUAAAGGCUCUUCCUCUAAAGUAAUACGUAAACCAUUCUUUGAUAUUCAUGUGGAAGAAAACCUGAUGGCAGAACAAGAACCAGAUGUUCACUGCAGAAGCAACUCAAAAGUGAAGCAUGAGCCUUGCCACCAAAAACGGACGCCUUUUCAACUUCUACUUGAAAAAUCUUCAUCCAAAAGCCAAUCAUACAAUGAGGCUCCUUCGACUACAUCAGCAAGAAACAACAUUUCUAAGGGCAUCCGCUCUUCUUCUAACCUUUCUGAUGGAAAUAACAAGAUGAAAUGGACCAUUGUGUUGGACACUUCUUCCCUCCUCGACAAGGAUUCUAGGAAGACAUUGCAUCUUCUGCAAGGUCUCAAGGGGACACACCUGGUCGUACCAAGAACAGUGAUAAGGGAACUAAAUGAGACGAAGCGUACUCGCAGUGUUCUCUUUAGAAGAAGAGCAGAUAUUGCUUCCUCAGCUCUGGAUUGGAUCGAAGAGUGCAAGGAUAUUCAACUUCAGAGCGCGUUAGAGGAAACCAAGGAAAAUGCACCAACAUCACCAGUCACUCCUCAAGCAAACGGCUCAGCAUUCCCGUUUUCACUUCAGUGGAAUAACUAUGCAUCAGAGAUCGAUUCUCCUACAUCAGAAGAUCAAGUUCUCGAAUGUGCGCUUCUUUACCGAAACCGUAACAACACUGAUGAAAAGCUCGUUCUUCUUAGCAAUGAUGUAACUCUCAAGAUCAAAGUCAUGGUAGAGGGUGUGAUUUGCGAGACGGCACUUGGGUUUUAUGAGAAUUUGAAGAAUCCGUUGUCGAAGAGAUUUAUGUGGCCAGAGAGUUUACCGAGAGGAAAGACUUGGAGUCAUUCAGACGACGUCGUGUUGAAAGAAAGGUACGACAACCAAACUUGUUUUACUUACAGGAAGAAACCAGCCUUUAAUGAAAAAAGAGGAGAGAGUGGUGCAGUAGCGAAAGGGUUGAAGUUCAUAUUGCUCCACAACUCUCAAUAUGGCCAUAUUCAUUGAUUAUCCCAUCUAUCAUUAUCAUCUAUAUCCAUUGUUGUUUUUUCUUUUCAAAUAAGCCAACUUAGUUCAACUCGCUUACACAAGGGUCAUGGGCUUUUUAGAAUGGUGACAUUUUCAUAUUAUUGUGACUUAUUAUGAUUGUGGAAAUGCAUUUUGUCAUCCAACUAAA